AAGGCUCAGACAGGUAAGACUUCGAUUUUUCAAUGGUGUUGUGAUUGUGAAGAUGUUAUUGUGUCUGAGACCCGCGUUUGAGAGUUGACUCGUUCAUACCCUUCAGGGAUUGGCAAGUAACAUGGCUUCAGCCAAAAAGUUCAAGCACAUCUUCAGUGACAAGAGCCAGAAUAUAAGAGACUCUACCAUAAAAAGACUCAAGCAAUUUGAUAACAUUCGGGGCAAGCAUGUGGAUAUCCCCUUUUGGGAUAUUAUUGUUAUCACUGCCUCUGAUGCAGCCCAGAAGAAGGCAUUUGAAAUCCAGCUUGAAGCAAAACUCAAGCGCAAGGAGCUCCCCCUAGGUCCAAUAUAUCAUGUUUUUAGUGACCCCCCUGGCCCUAAAGUUGGUAACGGAGGUUCAACAAUGAUCUGCAUAGAUGAGUUGCUCAGGAUUCAUGGAGAAGAGAAACUGAGCGAGUGUAAGAUCAUGCUUGCCCAUGCUGGAGGUUAUAGCCAAAGAAUGCCCAAUGCUAGCGUGCUUGGGAAAGUUUUUACAGCUUUACCUUGGGGUGACCCACCAUACCAAAUGUUAGAGAUGCUAAUGGCGAUGUUCAUAGACUUUCCAGUCAACAUGAUUCCAGGAGUUCUGUUGGUGUGUCCAGACACUCUUGAGCUGUUCAACACAGGGAUCCAAACAUGCUGCUUUACCAAGCCUGGCUUUACAGCACUGGCUCACCCAUCACCAAUCGAGAUUGGCACCACCCAUGGGGUGUUUGUUUUUAAAGACAAGCAUAAUGAGAAUGUGAUGUGUCAAACCACAUGCUCCAAGUUUCUACACAAGCAAUCAACCCAAGUCAUGCGACAGCAUGGACUUGUGUUCCAGCAAGAUGACCAAGACCAUGUUUACACUGAUAGCAUCUUCUUCAUUGAUAUGACAGCAGCCAAGAAGCUCCAACAGCUUUACUCCAAGAUAACUCUUGACUGUGAAAUUUGUGCUUAUGGGGAUUUUUUACAGGCUCUAGGGCCUGAGGCGACAGAAGAAUACACUGAGAAUGUGGCAAAUGUGUCUAAGGUGGAGUCUUCUCUUGUAAAAACGAGGAAGAUGAUUUUUGAUUACCUAAAGGGAACAGCACUUAAUGUGCUAGUUCUAAAUGAGUCCAGGUUUUAUCACCUUGGUACUACAGCAGAGUUUAUUCAUCAUCUUUGUGUUGAUCCAAUUUUCAGGUAUGAGACAUCAGCAUCUGCUGAAGUCUUUGUAUCCCGGUCUGGCAACCCUACACACCCUACCCCUGAGAGUAGCAUCCUUAUGCACUGUCAUGUGACUGAGCCUUUAACCAUAGGGACACAGACAGUUGUAGAGUACUGCAACAUUGAAAGUGGGAGUUCUAUAGGAGGGAAUUGUAUCGUCAGCAAUGUGUGUCUCCCAGAUGGGGUCAGCAUCAUGGAUAGGACAUUUCUGAUGACAGUUUGCGUAGAGUUGGGGAGCAGGGCAGGGCUGUUUGUGACCGUGGGAUAUGGCGUUGAUGAUAAUAUGAAGAAGCAAGUGAAGAGUGCUAAUGACCUGGAUUCGCUAAAGUAUUUUGGAAAACCACUUGGUCAAGUUUUCAGCCACCUUGGAAUAGAUCAGAGCGAUUGGGAUAUGGUAACCCUGUGGCAUGCCCGCCUGUUUCCUGUCUUCACUGACCAGCGGUCCUCAGUACUUCACACACUCGAAAUGAUCCAAUCAUUGCGAGAGGGAAAGGAGUUCAGUCCCCCAGUAGCUGUCCUCGAACACAGGCAUACCGAUAUACGGCUAUCAAUGGCUGAUAUAUUGGUUAAUAAAGAUGUGCAGGGGACCUUGGAUUUGAGAGAGAUUCUAAGGGAGAAAAUUAUAGCUUCAAUUUAGAUAUUUUUGAAAAAUUAUAUUUGACCAUUUUAUACUAAAAAAAAUUUCAUACGAGCUACAGCCCGGAAAUUAGAAAUUAUAAUUCCUUUUAAAAAUCAUUUCUCAAAUGUGAUUUCUCUCAUGUCUUCCUCAUAAUAGAGUGGUUUUUAUUAGCCUGCUAUUAUUCGGGCUUAUUCGGAAAUGCUUUUGAUCGGAUAUUGGGAAUUCUGUGGAUGGCGCACCCUCGCCCCAGCGCACCUCGGCCUACGCGUCCGCCACAGAAUUCGCAAUAUUCGAAAACAAAACAUUUGCGAAUAAACCCAAAUGAGAGCAGGCUAGGUUUUCAUAAACAUGUGGAACAAAGUGCAUAUAGUCCAAAUGUAGUUAGGCCAGCACAAAAUAAUAAUAAAAGGGUUAGUGUAUUCCACGGGUAUACGGAAACCACUCAUUAAUAGAUUGCCUUGUAAACACUCUGUGUUUAUAGCAGUACAUAAAUGUGGAUGUCAUGGAAAUACAAAAUUGUGUAUUUGGAUGGAAUGCAGACCAAAAGGGGACUUGCGCUAAGAGAUCACGUGACCUUUCUGGGUGGCAAAUUCAAACAAAAUAAUCAAACAAAAAAAAUCUUAAAAGACUGCGCCCGUCACACCAGAGAACGACAAAAAAAUAAAAUCUUUAAAUGAAACAACUCUUUCUGAAAAUAAGAAUUCUGACUUUUUUUCGUAAGCGCUGAACAAGUUGCUUUUUGUUGCUGAUAUUUUGCCGCUAAAAGUUUACCCAAACAGUCACGUGAUCUCCUUAUUGAACACUACUAGGAUCAAUAUAUCCUGUGUAAAUUUGUUUUUUAUUUAAUGGUUUUUUAUUUUAAUUUUAUUUAAUUUUUAUGGGAUUCAUACUGUACUUGUUUAAAAGCAUCCUAGGAUGCCCGCGCAUCUACUCGGCAAACGGUGGCCACGCGUCUGAAAUAUAUGUACGUGUGGUUUGCACUAUUCGUCCAACUCGGAUAACGUCUUUAUUUGUUUAUUUUAAAAAAUACUGUACAAGAUAUUUAAAAAGGAACUAAAAAAAACAACCAAUGUUUGUAUCUGUUAUCUGAUUACAAUGCUUCACAAUAUAUAAAAAAUUAUAAAAAAGAAAAUUAUAUGCUUGUACACAAAA